AUGCACAGCGAAAUAGGACUCCUACAGAGUUCAUUAAUAACAGAAUUCAGGACAAAGCAACGGAGGAGAAGAGAGGUUGGUGUCAAUGCAUCCAGGAAGUGUUGGUGCUUAAGACAUUUGAAGAUGAUGCCUGGUUUGAACACAAUAGGUGACACUUGGCCCAUUUCUUGGUCCUUGGCAAUUGGUCAUCAGUAUUCCUCCCUGGGGACUCAGCCCAUCCUCUGCGGGAGCAUCCCAGGACUCGUACCCAAGCAGCUACGCUUCUGUCGGAACUAUGUGGAGAUCAUGCCCAGCGUAGCAGAAGGGGUAAAGAUUGGGAUCCAGGAGUGCCAACACCAAUUUCGAGGGAGAAGAUGGAACUGCACGACCGUCAAUGACAGCUUAGCCAUCUUUGGGCCCGUGCUAGAUAAAGCUACCAGGGAAUCAGCCUUUGUCCAUGCCAUUGCCUCUGCUGGAGUGGCUUUCGCAGUGACCAGAUCCUGCGCCGAGGGCUCGGCCACCAUCUGCGGCUGCGACACCCGCCACAAAGGCUCUCCUGGGGAAGGCUGGAAAUGGGGGGGCUGCAGCGAGGACGUGGAGUUUGGGAGCAUGGUGUCUCGGGAGUUUGCAGAUGCCCGAGAGAACAGACCAGAUGCUCGGUCAGCCAUGAACAGGCACAACAACGAAGCUGGAAGGACCUCUAUUAUUGAACUCAUGCAUCUUAAGUGCAAAUGUCACGGCCUCUCAGGCAGCUGUGAAGUGAAGACCUGCUGGUGGUCUCAGCCAGACUUCAGGGUCAUCGGUGACUACCUCAAAGACAAGUACGAUAGCGCUUCUGAAAUGGUGGUGGAAAAACAUCGAGAAUCCCGUGGCUGGGUCGAGACCCUCAGGCCCAAAUACAACUUCUUCAAGGCUCCAACUGAGAAGGACCUGGUUUACUAUGAGAACUCACCAAACUUUUGUGAGCCCAACCCUGAGACAGGCUCCUUUGGGACCCGUGACAGGAUCUGUAAUGUCACUUCCCAUGGGAUUGAUGGUUGCGACCUUUUGUGCUGCGGCCGCGGGCACAACACAAGGACUGAGAAACGGAAAGAGAAGUGUCACUGUAUCUUCCACUGGUGCUGCUACGUUCGCUGCCAGGAAUGCAUACGAGUCUACGAUGUCCACACGUGCAAAUAAAGCAGGCAAAGCCCUUCGCUGGGCUCCAAGUGGAGAAAUGGAUUUGAGCCUACUUCCUCUGAGGUUGCAGACAUGAGAGAAGUCUACUUUUAUGAUAUUAAAAGAAUAAAAACUUUAAAAAAGGCUAAAACUGGUUGGAUAGAAUAGGUCUAAGGACUUCUGGACUAUCCUGAGGUACAUCUGGCAGUCACACAAGUUAUGCCCCAAUGAUGCCUCCUGUAGGAGACAGUGGUUUUCCAACCAGCUGACAACGCAGAGCUGGAAA